AUGCCAGGGGGCAAACGCGUUAGAGAUAUGUCGCCGGGAGAACGCCAUCUUUGGACGCUCGCCAGUGGCUUUCACCAGGUUGCUGAUAAAACCGCCCGAUUCUAUCAGGAAUUAGGCAUUCAAGACAGCUCUGAUGAUCAGAAUGUUCUGAUCAAUGUCCUCAAACACAUUUAUUCCGGCCUUGUCAGCAACAUUCCGCCGGAAAAAAGAUUGAAAGCCCUUUACGCUCUAUUUGCCGUUCUGCAUGCUGGUUUUGCUGAUCUACUCUCCCAAGGUCAACUGUUCGCACAGCCUGGGGACCAGCCUCAACCAAAGGACCAGCCUCAACCGAAGAUGCAGCCGCAGCCCAAGAAGCUCCCUCAGCCCGAGCAACAAAAUCCUCCUUUCACAGCAACUGGCCUAGGGAUUUAA